AGUGAAACCACGUUGCGGGAGGCAAGGGCGCGGUUAAAAGAAAAAGAAAAAAAAAAGACAAAAUGGGACGAGGUUAAAUUCGGUUGGUACGGAAAGAAAGCGUCGAUGGUGGUUAACCCCAGGUUAAAAUUUUGAAGAGAGAGAGAGAGAAGAACACAGACAAGAGAAUGAAAGUGGUUGGUAUAUAAGGCAUUAAAGGAGGCUCAUAUUUGUUUGUUGUUUGGACCAAAAAAGAAAGGGGGAAUCGGUGGGUGGAGGCUUCUUUGGAUCAUCGGAGAGAGGCUUCUUUCCAUUUUCACCACAGCAAUGGAGAAGAUCUACCUCGGUGGAAAGGAGCAUCAUAUUCGAACUGGCUGUGGUAUUGUGUCUGUCAUAGUCUAUGGCGAUCCCGACAAACCAGCUCUGAUCACUUAUCCAGAUUUGGCUCUAAAUUAUAUGUCAUGUUUUCAAGGACUAUUUUUCUGUCCAGAAGCAGCUUCUUUACUGCUUCACAACUUUUGCAUAUAUCAUAUCAGUCCUCCUGGACAUGAGUUGGGAGCAGCUGCAAUUUGUGCCGAGGAUCCUGUUCCUUCUGCUGAAGACUUAGCAGAUCAAAUAAUUGAGGUCCUCAACUAUUUUGGGCUUGGUGCAGUGAUGUGUAUGGGAGUGACAGCCGGUGCUUAUAUCCUUACUCUUUUUGCUAUGAAAUAUAGGGAGCGUGUUCUUGGUUUAAUACUUGUAUCUCCCUUAUGCAAAGCACCUUCUUGGACGGAAUGGUUUUAUAACAAGGUGAUGGCAAAUUUGAUAUAUUUCUACGGUAUGUGUGGCUUGCUGAAAGAGUGUUUGCUUCAGCGAUACUUCAGCAAGGAAGUUCGUGGAAACGUUGAAGUUGCAGAAUCAGAGAUAGUUCAAGCUUGCAGAAAACUGCUGGAUGAGAGAAAAAGAACAAAUGUCUUGCGGUUUCUUGAAGCAAUUAAUCAGAGGCCUGACAUUUCAGAUGGAUUGAAAAGAUUAAAAUGUCGUACACUUAUUUUUGUUGGGGACAGUUCUCCUUUCCAUUCAGAGGCUCUAUACAUGACUUCAAAACUUGAUAGGAGAUAUAGUGCCUUGGUUGAGGUCCAGGCUUGUGGAUCAAUGGUUACAGAGGAACAGCCGCAUGCAAUGCUGAUACCUAUGGAGUACUUUUUCAUGGGGUAUGGGUUGUAUAGACCAACCCAGUUCAGCGACAGCCCAAGAAGCCCACUAAGCCCAUCUUGCAUCUCUCCAGAGCUCCUUUCUCCAGAAAGCAUGGGAUUGAAGCUAAAGCCUAUAAAGACCCGUGUUUCACUACAAGUUUGAAAAUGAUAAGCCAUUGAGUUUUGUAAUUGAAAGCAGUUUUAUUCUUAAAUUUUUUUUAUUGUUUAAAAGGGAGGGAUAGACAAAGAAGUUGUAGGAGGGGGGGGGGGAGGGGGGUUGUAGAUAGAAAAAGAAAAGGGCAUGGACAGAAUACGUGAAAUAUAUAAUAUAAUAUAAAAACUAUAGGGUGGAAAAGUUGCCUUGAUUCAUUUGUAGGUCUAUCUUCAAUAAAGGAAUCAUUGAGCUGUACACGUGGACUCUUAAUUUAUUUAUGAUUUUUUAAGGCACA